GGUUUUGACGUUCGCCCGAGCCGGGACGGUUUGAGACGAUUGAUCGAGGGGUUUAGGAAGUAGGAGUGAUGGAGAGGGCGAUCGAAAUCCGAAGCCUCGAUGGCCGAUCGAUCACUGUCUCGAUCUCCUCCGACAGUUCCAUCGGCGACUUGAAGGCUAUGCUGAAGGAAUCGUCGUUCCUUCCGGCGAAGAAAUCCCCCCGUUUCCACCUUUUUUUCAAGGGUUCCAAGUUGAGCUUAGAUGGUCGCGUGGACGACUAUCCGGUCGAGCACGGUGAGUUUAUGGUUCUUGUCCCGUUUAUCAAGAAAUCUGGGCAGAUCCCAGUGGAAAAUGGUCCACCCGUGCGUAGCCCACCUAAUCGUCCUCUCGAUAGCGUGCCAUCACCUGCCGCGGACAUGGCCUGGCGUGAUAUUAUGAAUGAUCUGUCGUCUUUAUCAGGCAUAACUAAAGACGAGAUAACUCGGAGCGGGCCUUCUAAUUAUCUAUCCAGUAAGAAAGGGGAGACGUCAGUGGGUGAAAGGUGUAGGAAGACUUCGAUGAAAAGAACAUGCAAGCGAAAAUUGGAUGACAGUCAUGUACUUCUUCGAGACCUGUUAUGUUCUGAUGAAAAAAAUAUCUUUGAUCAACUGAUGAGUGAUAGAAUUCGAUGCAUCGUGGAAUCGGUAUGCUGUUUAUGUAAUGCUGAUUCAGGUAGUUGUUUGUUGUUUGAAGAAUACUUCAGAUCGACCAGUAUGUCGCAGCAUUGUGUAUGCCCUUCCUGGCUGAAGAGAGUACUGAAGAACUUUACAUUCAUAAAUAUUCUGUGUGCUCUUUUUCAAAUUCAAAAGAAAUUCUUGACUUGGAAAUGCAUAGACGAAGCACUGAAGCAGCCUGGGACAUUUGGACUGGAAAACACUUGUGGGUCAGAUGUUGAAAAUCUUUCGCUACUUUGUCCACUGGUAGUACUACCAAUUGCUUUGUUUGUGGUGAUAACUCUUUGCGAGCAACGAAGAAUUCUGAACAAGUUGGACUCUGCCAUUCUCAUAUGCAACUCCAUAAAUGGUCAACAUGAAGUGACAAAUACAUCUAACAAAGAAGCUUCUACUUCCUCAGUUAUUCGUGCAUUUGACCGAAGGAAUUAUAAUUUCAUUUCAGAGUUAUGGAAAGCUAUAAAGUGCUGCAUGGAUAGAAAACUGGCAAGCAGCAUAUCUCUACUGCUGCCUCUGGAAGAUAUUAUUUUGAUGAAGGACAUCAUUGCUCUUUCAGAAAGUAGCGACACAUUGUUAUUCAGGAAAAAAACAUCAUUAUGCUCGAGCACACAUAUUAUGGAACCUGCUGAAAUGGUUGAACAUCUCAGGGAAGGCAUUGGAAAACAAGGACAGAUAGUACAUGUGGAACAAAUAGAUGCCAAAGAAGCUGCAUAUGUCGAGCUCCCAACUGAUCUAACAGAAGCUCUAAAGUUGAUACUUAAAGGGCUUGGAAUAACAAGGUUAUACAGCCACCAGGCUGAAGCUAUACGUGCCUCUCUAUCUGGGAAGCAUGUUGUUGUGGCAACAUCAACUUCCAGUGGAAAAUCUCUGUGCUAUAAUAUGCCAGUUCUUGAAGCACUGUCUAAGAACACAUCAUCAUGUGCUCUCUACAUAUUUCCCACAAAGGCUUUAGCUCAAGAUCAACUGAGAACUCUACUGAAAAUGAUAAGUGGCUUGGAUAUUGGCCUAGAAAUUGGUGUUUAUGAUGGAGAUACAUCUAAAGAAAACCGUAAAUUGAUAAGAGAUGGUGCUAGAUUGUUGAUUACCAAUCCGGAUAUGUUGCACAUGUCUAUCUUGCCAUUUCAUAGGCAAUUUCAGCGGAUUUUAUCAAACCUCAGGUAUAUUGUGAUUGAUGAAACUCAUGCAUACAAAGGUGCAUUUGGUUGUCACACUGCUCUCAUACUAAGGAGAUUGUGCAGGAUUUGUUCUCAUGUGUAUGGCAGUGAUCCAUCCUUCAUAUUUUGUACUGCAACAUCGGCAAAUCCACGUGAACAUGCCAUGGUGCUUAGCAACUUGCAGACACUAGAGCUGAUUCAAAAUGAUGGAAGUCCUUGUGGUCCAAAGUAUUUUAUUUUAUGGAAUCCUCCGUUGAAUUUGGGGCAAAAGACAUCAAGCAGAAGUACCAUUAAAAAACCUGUUAAGAGAGAAAAGGCAUCAAGCAGGAGGAACAAUAAGCAACCUGUUCAGUCUUCUAUAGAAUCGAGACGUUCAAGUCCCAUUCUUGAGGUAUCUUAUCUCCUUGCGGAAAUGGUUCAACAUGGGCUACGCUGCAUUGCUUUUUGUAAGACUCGGAAACUGAGUGAAUUAGUUCUCUCUUACACGCGUGAAAUACUUCAGGCAACUGCAAAGGAUCUGGCUAAUUCAAUAUAUGUCUAUCGUGCUGGCUACUCUCCUCAGGAAAGGAGAAGAAUAGAGACCGAUCUUUUUGAGGGGAAAAUCCUGGGUGUUGCAGCAACCAAUGCACUUGAGCUUGGGAUCGAUAUAGGGCAUAUUGAUGCAACUUUACAUCUUGGCUUUCCUGGUAGCGUUGCUAGCUUGUGGCAGCAAGCUGGGAGAUCUGGCAGAAGAGCGAGGCCAUCACUGGCAGUUUAUGUUGCAUUUGAGGGGCCUUUGGAUCAGUAUUUCAUGAAGUUCCCUCAGAAGCUCUUUGGGAGCCCAAUCGAGCACUGCCAAGUUGAUGCAAAUAACCAGAAGGUGCUAGAACAACAUAUUGCCUGUGCUGCUUCUGAACUACCAUUGUGUCUGCAAUAUGAUGAAAAUUACUUUGGUUCUGGUCUUGGUUGUGCAAUUGUUGCUCUAAAGAACAAGGGGUAUUUAGGUACUGAUCCGUGUGUUUCUCCAAAGUUAUGGAAUUAUAUCGGACCUGAAAAAAGUCCUUCGCAUGCAGUUAGUAUACGGGCAGUUGAAACUAACAAAUACAAAGUGAUGGAGAAAAUAAGUAAUGAAGUGCUCGAGGAAAUUGAAGAAAGCACAGCCUUCUUCCAGGUAUAUGAGGGUGCUGUCUACAUGAAUCAAGGCAAUACAUAUUUGGUGAAAGAUUUAGAUUUAUCAGCAAAAGUUGGCUUCUGUCAGAAAGCUGAUUUAAACUAUUAUACCAAGACUCGAGAUUACACAGACAUCCAUGUUUCUGGAGGUGACCUUGCCUAUCCGCUGGUGAAGGAAUCUGGUUAUGUAAAGACAACUGCCCGAACAAAUGCUUGCAAAGUUACUACCAAAUGGUUUGGUUUUUAUCGGAUAUCGAGAACUAGUAACCAGAUACUUGAUACAGUUGAUCUUAAUCUACCUACAUUUUCCUACGAAUCACAGGCAGCUUGGAUACGUGUUCCUCAGUCAAUAAAGACUAUUUUGGAGGCAGAGAAUCUCCCUUUUCGUUCAGGCUUGCAUGCAGCCUCCCAUGCACUUCUGAAUGUCGUGCCCUUGUAUAUCAUGUGCAAUGCUACCGACUUGGCUACAGAAUGUGUGAAUCCCCAUGAAACACGUGCUUUUGCCGAACGAAUUUUGUUGUAUGAUCGACAUCCUGGUGGUAUUGGUAUUGCAGCACAGGUUCAGUUACUGUUUAGAGAACUCCUCACUGCUGCAUUGGAACUAAUUUCAACAUGCGGUUGCACGUCUACUUCUGGUUGUCCGAACUGUAUUCAAGUGCUUUCAUGUGGUGAGUACAAUGAAGUUAUACACAAGGAUGCUGCGGUUUUGAUUCUCAAGAGCGUCAUCAAAGCUGAGACAGCAUACUUUGAAGGCGGACAAGUUUCUUAGUCUUUUUUUCCUUUUGGAAACAUCAGGAGCAAUUUAGACGUGUCUUCGGUAAUAAUUUUAGAGAGAGAUCCAAUGCAGAAUGUGACGGCAACACACAAUCAGGGACUUGGAUAUUUAGAGUUGCAUGCUAAUGCUGAUAACAGAGGAUCUCCACAUGAUCUCCAGCAAAAUGGAGGUUCCUGUUGAUAAGUCUGUUACCUGAUUAAUGAUCUCGACGCAGGAGGGAGGCUUAAUGUUUGGCAUAAGCAGCACUCCCUACUUAACGAUCCCCCGACAAAGUGAACUUCUGCAGUGUUUUUUUUUUCUAAAUCAAAAUCAAUCAUCCUGGACAAUUUCUGGUUUUCUGGUGUGGAUUUGCGCCCCUACAGCACCCAUUCUGGCUCGUAGUGUAAGUGCUGCUGCUCCACCCGUUCUGGCUCGUAGUGCAAGUGCUGCUGCUCCAGGAACACAACUAUCGAUCCAUCAAUCAAAAGAAAGUUUCUCCGGUGCUGAUUCUGUACCCGAUGAACUUUUCCCACUUCAAAACGGCAUGAUGGCUCGGAAGCAAUCAAUCAGGUUGGUGUUUAGUGCUUUCCCAACCAAUGAAGUGGUGGUGGCCAUGAAAGAAGUUACCGUGCUGGCAUGAACUUGUUAUGAACCCUGGAGUGAGGAAACCUGUAGGCAUAGUGUAGCACUCACUUAAUAGUCAAACAGCAGACUUAUUUGGGGUUGAGUUGAUGACCAUAGGAUCUGUUCAUUCCUUCGUCUUCCUCUUUUUUUUCUCUCUCCUCUCCUACAAUUAUUCCUAAUCUAUCUCAUCUUAUUGGAAUCAGGUAGAAACAUGUAGAAAGUGUUGUGAAUAGGCAACAACAGCCUUGUUUUUAGUGGGAUGCAGACACAAAAGUCUCAGUGCUCUGCACUUGUUUUUAGAGGCAGACAUGUUCCAUCAAAUAAUAGAGAAGGUUGUU